UCCAAUUGCGCGACGGAGGAGGCGGCUCGGCGGCGCUUGCCGCCUCAGGCAGAUACACCGACCCUCCUCAGGAGAGCUGAGCGCAGGGCGGAGGGGUUGGGCGGACAGACAGACAGACAGACGCCCUGCCCGCCCCUUCCUUCCUUCCUUCCAGCGAGCGACCGUCAGGCACCUUCUCCGCCAUUAAGGGCAGCAGGACAGACAGACAGAUUCCCUCCCCCCCCUCCCUCACAAGAAUAUCAGCGGCAGUUUAUCCGGUUCCCCGCCGGCCUCUUGCUCUCUCCCAUCCCCAAGGAAUCCCUCUCGGGAGGCAGACGUAGACUGCUCUCUCUACUGGGUUUGAGGCAGGUAGUUUUAAUUCACCCUGAAUCUUGUGGGGGAACAGGCGGAAUACUCCCUCCUGCUUCCCUAGCUGAAGACAAGCAGGUAGAAACCGCCUCCUUCCCCACCAAUUACUCCCAGCCCCAUUGGGACGGAUAGAUUUGCCCCUCCCCCUAUUGCAGAGAAACGGGUUAGGAUAGGAUCAGGCGAGCAGCCCCUUUUAAAAACUCCAUUGACCGGUUGAGCCACACGCGCAUCCCCCCCCCCCCCCGGCCCCCUCUCCGGUGGAGGCAGACAAGAGAAUCGCCCUUUCCCUCCAUUAGGGACAGACUGCCGCCUCGAUCGGGGCGGCUGUCUCCUUCUCUACCCCCUACUCAAGAUGCUGCUGUUGCUGCCGCUUGCCCCACUGUAGUUGAGCCCCAGUGCAGGGUGAGGGCGAGGCUCAGACUGUGAGCGUGCAAACACCAUGGAGCGCCGAGGGGAGACGGCCCUCCAGCAGAACCUGGAAUUCACCGUGGAGAAUGUGGAGAAGGCACUCCACCAAUUGUAUUAUGACCCCAACAUUGAAAACAAGAACCUGGCUCAAAAAUGGCUGAUGCAAGCCCAGGUGUCGCCGCAAGCCUGGCACUUCAGUUGGCUGCUGCUCGAUAUGGAUAAAGUGCCUGAGAUCCAAUACUUUGGGGCCAGUGCUCUCCACAUCAAGAUUUCACGGUAUUGGAAUGACAUCCCAGCUGACCAAUAUGAGAGCCUCAAGUCACAACUCUUCAGCCACAUAACCCGUUUUGCUAGUGGUUCUAAGAUCGUGCUGACCCGGCUCUGCGUAGCACUGGCUUCAUUGGCACUCAACAUGAUGCCAGAGGCCUGGCCAUGUGCUGUUGCUGACAUGGUGCGCAUGUUCCAGGCAGAGGACUCCAAUAUAGAUGGGCGAGCACGCUGCCUUGCACUCCUAGAGCUGCUGACUGUCCUGCCUGAGGAGUUCCAAACCAGCCGUCUGCCUCAGUACCGUAAGGGGCAGGUGCGUAGUGUCUUGGCACAGGAGUGCAGUUCUGUGUUUCCCUUGCUAGAGCAAUUGCUGCAGCAGCAAGACUCUCCUAGCUUCAUUAAACAGAAGGUGCUGAAGUGCUUCUCCAGCUGGGUACAGUUGGAGAUUCCCCUAAUGGAAUGUGAGAACUUGAUCCAGGCAGCCUUCUCCUCCCUGCAAGAUCCAGAACUCUUUGACACAGCUGUGGAGGCCAUUGUCAAUGCCAUUUCUCAGCCUGAUGCUCAGAGGUAUGUGAAUACUCUUCUGAAGCUCAUCCCACCUGUGCUGGGACUCCAAGAACAACUACGUCAAGCAGUUCAAAGCAGGGACAUGGAGACAUCUCAUGGGAUCUGUCGUAUUGCUGUGGCCCUGGGAGAGAAUCAUUCCCGAGCCCUCUUGGACCAGGUGGAUCACUGGCAGAGCUUUCUGGCACUUGUCAACAUGAUCAUGUUCUGUACUGGGAUCCCAGGACACUAUCCUGUCAAUGAGACCACAAGUUCACUUACGCUCACCUUCUGGUAUACAUUACAGGAUGAAAUCCUCUCUUUUGAUCCAGAAAAGCAGGCUAUGUAUCAGCAGGUAUAUCGGCCUGUCUAUUUCCAGCUGGUGGAUGUGCUCCUGCACAAGGCUCAGUUUCCUUCUGAUGAAGAAUACAGCUGCUGGUCCUCUGAUGAAAAGGAGCAGUUUCGGAUAUACCGAGUGGACAUCUCGGACACCUUGAUGUAUGUGUAUGAAAUGCUUGGAGCAGAGCUGCUGAGCAGCUUAUAUGACAAGCUGGGUCGCCUCCUGACCAACACAGAGCAGCCAUCCUCAUGGCAGCACACAGAAGCUUUGCUUUACGGGUUCCAAUCCAUCACAGAGACCAUAGAUGUAAACUACUCGGACGUGGUGCCUGGCCUCAUUGGGCUCAUCCCUCACAUCAGCAUCAGCAAUGUGCAGCUUGCAGAUACGGUUAUGUUCACUAUUGGGGCUCUCUCGGAGUGGCUAGCUGACCACCCUGUCAUGAUCAACAACGUCCUACCCCUAGUGCUGCAGGCUCUAGGCAAUCCUGAGUUAUCGAUCUCUAGUGUCUCCACCCUUAAGAAGAUCUGCCGUGAAUGCAAAUAUGACUUGCCUCCUUAUGCUGCCAACAUUGUUGCUGUCUCUCAGGAUGUGCUAAUGAAGCAGAUUCACAAGACAAGUCAAUGCAUGUGGCUGAUGCAAGCUCUGGGCUUUUUGCUGUCUGCCCUCCAAGUGGAGGAGAUCUUGAAGAACCUACACUCACUUAUUACCCCUUACAUCCAACAACUGGAGAAGUUGGCUGAUGAAACGCCGAACCCCUCCAACAAGCUGGCCAUCAUCCACAUCCUGGGCCUGCUCUCCAACCUCUUUACUACAUUGGACAUCAGCCACCAUGAUGAUGACCAUGAGACCACAGAGGUCAAGAAGCUGCCAGUGCCUCAGGGCCCCAAUCCGGUAGUGGUGGUGCUGCAGCAGGUCUUCCAGCUUAUCCAGAAAGUGCUCAGCAAGUGGCUGAAUGAUGCCCAGGUUGUGGAGUCUGUGUGCUCCAUUUUUGAGAAAUCGGUGAAGACCCUCCUGGAUGACUUUGCACCCAUGGUGCCUCAGCUGUGUGAGAUGUUGGGCCAGAUGUAUAGCACCAUUCCUCAAGCAUCUGCCAUUGACCUCACCCGACAGCUGGUUCACAUCUUUGCCCAUGAGCCUGCCCACUUCCCACCCAUCAAGGCGCUCUUUCUGCUCGUCACAUCAGUUACGCUAACACUUUUCCAGCAAGGGCCCAGGGAUCAUCCUGAUAUUGUUGAUUCAUUUAUGCAACUCCUGGCACAGGCGCUCAAACGGAAACCCGACCUGUUCCUGUGUAGCAGCCUGGAUGUCAAAGCAGUAUUCCACUGUGGUGUGAUCUCCUUGAAGUUUCCUGAAGCACCCACUGUAAAAGCUGCUUGUGGCUUUUUUACUGAAUUGUUGCCACGCUGUGGGGAGAUUCCACCUGUGGGACAGGUGGUACAUGAGAAUGGCAAAAUGCUGCUGCAGGCUGUGCUUGAGGGUGUAGGUGGCCAAGCCUCACGCAAUUUGAUGGAUCACUUUGCUGAAAUCCUCUUUGCUCUCAACAAGCAUUGCUUCAGUUACUUGAGCAUCUGGAUCAAGGAAGUGAUGCAGCAGGAUGGUUUUCCAUCAGCCCGUGUCAGCCCUGAGCAGAAGGAAAUCUUCAGCCAGCAAAUUCUUAGCAGAGAACGUGUGAACAAACGACGUGUGAAGGAGAUGGUGAAGGAGUUCACACUGCUUUGCCGGGGACUGCACGGUACCGAAUACACAGCAGACUACUGAGGCCCAUGUAGCAAGAAACUGGAGCAUGAACAGAUCUGCGACUACCUGCCACUGCCCGAUGCUGCUACUGAAUUGACUCAUACGAUGAUAACUCUACAACUAACCUGCUGAGGCUGCUCCUCUUAAGAAUGGGCUGUUUCUCCAACCUUCCUGCAUGUUCAGAGGCAGCAGGCUGCAAGGGAGAAGAGGCUGGAGCUGAGGACAGACCCUCUCCCUGCUGGACUAGUGCAAUGAUUGCCCCUUGCCUCCCUGGCACAAUCCUGUAGACAUAUCUGUGGUUUGUCUGUUCCUUAAAGAGUCUGCCCUUGCCCUGCAUGAGGCAGCUUGUGUCUGACUGAAGUGGAAAGCCCUGCAGCCUUGAAUUAUAUUAAGGCUAUUUCUAAACUGUGGUCGUUGAUGAAUUGUG